AGUGUACAGAGCAUUAAGUGGUACAGAAGAAUAUUGCCUCAACACUACAAUGUUUUUUUAAUUUGGAACAUUACACCAGAGGACAAAGUUUCCAGAGGAACAUUACAUCUGUAAAGGUUCUGGACGCGUUGUGGAUUAAUACCUGAAAACCACCUGCAUGAAGCCAACAGAUACCCUUACCUCCUGUGAGUUUGUUUGCUCUGUAAAGAAAGGCAGCGGUUUCACCAGAACUAUGAGUUGGCUCAGGGAGAAAAGUGUUGGAAUCUUCUGCUGUCUUGUGUUGCUUGUUGUCAGCAUCACUUCCGUAUAUUUAAAAUAUUUGACGAACCUCGUCCCUGCGGACAACCUGCUGGUGGCCAGCGAGGAAGGACCGACCAUCAAUUUAGACGACCUACUCAACUUUGGGGCCAGACAGGGGGUUGAAACACGCACAUCUUGGAACGCUCCAAUCAUCUGGGAGGGGAUGUUUGACCCCAAACUUCACGACCAAAUGCACAUCCAAAAUAAAUCAUCUGUGGCCCUCACUGUGUUUGCUGUGGGAAGGUACCUGGAUGCCUAUCUGAAGACUUUCCUUACCUCUGCAGAACAACAUUUCAUGUUGGGAUUAAAAGUGAGAUAUUACGUGUUCACAGAUGAACCAGAGAAGGUACCAAACAUAGAGCUUGGUCCCCAGCGAAGCCUGAAGGUUAUCCAGGUGGAAAAGUACUCCAGAUGGCAGGACAUCUCUAUGAUGCGCAUGAAAACAAUAUCAGAUACCAUAGAAUUGGAUAUCCGUCACCACUGCAAUUACGUCUUCUGCUUGGAUGUGGAUCAGGAGUUUAAGGGAAGAUUUGGCUCAGAGGCUCUGGGGGAUUCUGUAGCUCAGAUACACGCCGGCUUUUACAAAGCUCCAAAUCAAAGCUUCACCUAUGACAGAAACCCCAAAUCCAAAGCCUACAUGGAAACCGGAGAUUACUACUACCAUGCUGCUGUCUUCGGAGGCCUGUUGGAACAUGUGAAGAGUUUGACAGAUCACUGCUUUCUGGGUAUCAUGGAGGACAAACUAAAUAAUGUGGAGGCUCUGUGGCAUGAUGAGAGUCAUCUAAACAAGUACUUUUGGCUUCACAAACCAACCAGGCUGCUCUCCCCCGAGUACUGCUGGGACCGGGUUUCCAACAAGGACAUACAAGUCGCACGCCUCAUAUGGGCACCAAAACAAUAUGACACACUUCGUACUAACUAGAGAGGCUAGGAGAACAAGAAAUUGCAAUAACCCCGCGCAAGAUUUUUUUUCUGAAAGGCUUUGUAUUGGAUACUUAUGUACGAAAA